AUGCUGCCGUGGGCCCGGCAGGCGCUGCUCAUGCUGCUCCUCCCCACGCUGCUGGCACAGGGAGAAGCCCGGCGGCAGGGGAGCCCCCAGGGCCGGAACGCCAGCAGGCCCACGCUGCUGAGGCUGUCUGAUCACCUCUUGGCCAACUACAAGAAGGGGGUGCGGCCCGUGUGGAACUGGAGGAAGCCAACCACUGUGUCCAUUGACGUCAUCGUCUAUGCCAUCCUCAGCGUGGAUGAGAAGAACCAGGUCCUGACCACCUACAUCUGGUACCGGCAGCUUCUGACAGCCCGGUCAGGCCUCUGCAGGAGCUCUGGCUUCACCCUGGCAGGGGAGGGCAGGCACACAGUGAAGCCUGCUGCCUGCAGAUAUGUCAUUCUUGGAGGCCACCGAGACUCAUGGGUGUUUGGUGGCAUUGACCCUCAGAGCGGAGCAGCUGUGGUUCAUGAAAUCGUGAGGAGCUUUGGAACACUGAAGAAGGAAGGAUGGAGGCCUAGAAGAACAAUUUUGUUUGCAAGCUGGGAUGCAGAAGAAUUUGGUCUUCUUGGUUCCACUGAGUGGGCAGAGGAGAAUUCGAGACUCCUUCAAGAGCGUGGUGUGGCCUAUAUUAAUGCUGAUUCUUCUAUAGAAGGAAACUACACUCUGAGAGUUGACUGUACACCACUUAUGUACAGCUUGGUAUACAACCUAACAAAAGAGCUGCAAAGCCCCGAUGAAGGCUUUGAAGACAAAUCUCUUUAUCAGAGCUGGAGUGAAAAAAGUCCUUCUCCUGAGUUGAGUGGCAUGCCCAGGAUUAGCAAAUUGGGAUCAGGUAAUGAUUUUGAGGUGUUCUUCCAAAGACUUGGAAUUGCUUCAGGCAGAGCACGAUAUACUAAAAAUUGGGAAACGAAUAAAUUCAGCAGCUAUCCACUGUAUCACAGUGUCUAUGAAACAUAUGAGUUGGUGGAAAAAUUUUAUGAUCCAACAUUUAAAUAUCACCUCACUGUGGCCCAGGUUCGAGGAGGGAUGGUGUUUGAACUAGCCAAUUCCGUAGUGCUCCCUUUUGAUUGUCAAGAUUAUGCUGUAGUUUUAAGAAAGUAUGCUGACAAAAUCUACAAUAUUUCAAUGAAACAUCCACAGGAAAUGAAAACAUACAAUGUAUCAUUUGAUUCACUUUUUUCUGCAGUGAAGAAUUUUACAGAUGCUUCUAAGUUCAGCAAGCAACUCCAAGACUUUGACAAAAGCAACCCAAUAUUAUUGAGAAUUAUCAAUGAUCAACUGAUGUUUCUGGAACGAGCAUUUAUUGAUCCUUUAGGGUUACCAGACAGGCCUUUCUAUAGGCAUAUCAUCUAUGCUCCAAGCAGCCACAACAAGUAUGCAGGGGAAUCAUUCCCAGGAAUUUAUGAUGCUCUGUUUGAUAUUGAAAGCAAAGUGGACCCUGCCAAGGCCUGGGGAGAAGUGAAGAGACAGAUUUCUAUUGCAGCCUUCACAGUGCAGGCUGCUGCAGGAACUUUAAGAGAAGUAGCCUAAGAGGGUUCCUUGGAGAACUCACAUUGAAUUCAUGUGGUAGAUCACUCAGAAAGAAUCAUGAUGGUUAUAUUUACAAAUUAAAAAUAGAUAUAUUGAUAAACUAAAAAUAAAGUUGGAGAUUAUAUGUAUGUGUGUAUUUUUUUCUUCUCCUUAUGGAUCAAAAAUGAAGAAUAGAUAACUUUUAUGCUCUAAUUAUAAAAUGUUAUUCUGAAGUUGAAACGUUGAAGUAAGUAUUAAAACUAAGGAGAACAGCCUAAUAUAGUAAAACUCUUAUCUGACAUUAUCAGGGAAUCAAGUCUAAUGUAGUACCUUCCAAAUCUAUUCAUGUCAUCGCACAGAGAAAAACAUGAGUUUGUCAUGCAACACCCUUGGGAAAAUGUAUAAGACUGCUUCAAACCAGAGGCCUCAGGCCCUGCCUGUCCACUUAAGGCUGGGAGGAUCACUAUCUUAGCACACCAGUUGGGAAACUCUGAUCUAAGCACACUUCUAGUAAACAUAGUCACUGUAUGCCAUAAGGAAUAAUUACAUUUUUAAAAUUAAGAAACAUUUUAUUUAUGUAAAAGGCUAUAUAGAGAAUAUAUGUACAGUGAGAAAUAGUAAUGAAAUGAACAUUUAUAAACCCAGUAACCAGAUUAAGAAAGGAACAUUUCUAAUAUCUUUGGUUCUCCAUGGAAUACUGGCUCAUUGUGCCUUUUCUGCCAGUGAUAAUUACUUUCUUGAGUUUUAUGUUUAUCUUUCCUCUGUUUUAAUUUACAAUUUCAUUACAGAUGACUGUAGCUCUUACAUGUUUUGGCUUUAUGUAUUUUUUGAACUUUUUAUAAAUAAAAUCAUGCCAUGUAUUUUUCCUGA